AUGGCAGAGGAGGAAGGUGCUCUGAAUGAGUUGUUAGGAUGGUUAUUCAGCUGGCUUCCUGCCUGGUGUCCCACAUCGCUGCUACACCUUAAAGAAGCUGAGGACAAAAUGCUAAAAUGUAUUGCAAGCACAUACAAUAAACGGUAUGUGUAUAUAUCUAACGGAAAUAAAAUAUGGACACUGACAUUCUCUCCGGACCUCUCACGUAAAACUCCGCUUGUUCUCCUGCAUGGGUUUGGAGGAGGUGUUGGACUGUGGGCUCUCAAUUUUGAAGAUCUGUGUGAGAACAGGACCGUUCAUGCUUUUGACCUCUUGGGAUUUGGACGUAGCAGUAGACCACACUUUGAUACUGAUGCUCGGGAAGCAGAAAAUCAGUUUGUGGAAUCCAUAGAAGAAUGGAGAAAGGAGGUGGGGUUAGAAAAAAUGAUUUUACUUGGACACAACCUAGGUGGAUUCCUGGCUGCUGCCUACUCAUUAAAAUACCCAUCAAGGGUCAAACAUCUUAUCUUAGUGGAACCGUGGGGUUUUCCAGAGAGGCCUGACAAUGCUGAUCACGAAAGACCAAUUCCAAUCUGGAUCAAAGCACUAGGAGCUAUAUUGAGUCCUUUUAAUCCAUUAGCUGGGCUGAGGAUAGCAGGACCCUUUGGAUUAAGCCUUGUUCAGCGUUUAAGACCGGAUUUCAAGCGAAAAUAUUCAUCGAUGUUUGAUGAUAACACUGUGGCUGAGUAUAUCUAUCACUGCAAUGUACAAUCACCCAGUGGUGAAACAGCUUUCAAGAACAUGACUAUUCCUUAUGGAUGGGCAAAAAGGCCAAUGCUGCAACGGAUUCCACAAAUGGAUCGAGACAUUCCUAUCACUGUGGUCUAUGGAGCACGUUCAUGUAUAGAUGGCAAUUCUGGCAGCACUAUCCAGUCUCUGAGACCAAAUUCGUAUGUGAAGACAAUAGCUAUCCUUGGUGCAGGUCAUUACGUGUACGCUGAUCAACCUGAAGACUUCAAUCAGAAAGUGAAAGAUAUCUGUGAUUCUGUGGAUUGACUGUCUUCUGUUCUUUAGGAAGUCAUACCGUAGAUAGCGUUUAAUACCAAUACUCUCUAGGAAAUCACUAAAGAAUGCGGAGCUAAUGCAACAGGCUCUCUUUGCACACUGUUUCUUCUAAGAAGCCAUUUGCACACUUAAACCACUUAGUGCCUUUUUUGGGGGGUAUAGGGAGAUUUGAAGCAAAUUUUGUACAGCUUUGUUUGAGAUUAGUCUUUAGAUUAUUGGCCUGUCAUGUAUGAAAUUACAUACAACUUUUAAAACUGGAAUUUUCUUCAAAAUGUAAUUGAAUUUUGCACGUUGUACUUCUAAAGAUGCUGAAUUCUCCACUAGCACAGAGAACUGUAUAGAUACCAUAGUAAAAUAGAUACAAUGUGUAAAAUGCAAUUUAGUUUCUUUAUAAACAUUCAUAUUUUUUAGUUGAUGUUUCAUAGCAAGAGUAUGAAAAUGCUUAGUCAUUUUAUUUUUGGAAUCCAGAACUCCAUAUACAGUAUUUUAAGGGGGUGUUUUUGUUUUGUUUUUUUUAUUGGAGUGAUAACAGCUUAUGAAGCUGAUUUU